AUGUGGGCGCCCUGGGCGGGGCUGUGCCUGCUGGCACUGUUGCUGCAAACUGGAGCCAGAUGCCCAGCCCGAAGGAGCACAAUGCAGGGGGAAACGGGUUGUUCAUUGCUGGACACCAGCGUGCCGGUGCCCAAGACGGCCAAGCAUUUUACCAAGCUGAAGGCACAGGGCAGCAUACCGCCCCGCAUUGACAAGUACCUGUGGCUCCGGGACGACGCCCGCAACGACAGCGCGGAGGAGAAUGCGUAUGCGGAGGCCGUGCUGGCGCCCACCCUGCCGCUGCAGCAGUUGCUGCUGGAAGAGAUGCUGGCACGCAUACCGCAGGAGGAGAGCAGCGUCCCACAGCGGCAGGGACGGCACUGGUGGCUAUACAGCGUGCAUCGUGCUGGGAUGCAGUAUCGUCGCUAUUGCCGCCGCCGCAUCGACGACCCGCAGGCCUUGCCCAGCGAGUUUGAUACCAUGAACCUGUCUCAGCCAGAGGUGGUGCUGCUGGACCAAGAUGAGCUGGCGGCUGGCCACAGCUUUUUCGACAUGGCCGGCCCCAGCUUCAGCCCUGAUGAGCACCUGGUUGCCUACGGGGUGGACACCGCAGGCAGCGAGGUCUACACGCUGUUUGUGCGCAACCUAACAAGUGGCCAUGUGCUUGUGGCGGGCAGCAAUGAUGCAUACACGCCCGAAUUCAGGAUGUGUGCCGGGGACUUUGUGUUCCUGGACAACCGCCAAAUUCUCUUUACGACAUUGACUGAAGACACACACAGGCCUGACAAGGUGUGGCUCUUUCACCUCUGGAGUACACCUACCAAGGCAGGCCGCACAGACAGCCACCGUCGAGUUGUGCGCUACGUGCCCCGACUGCUGUAUCAGGAGAAGGACGAGGCCUUCCACCUCGGCUUGUGGCGAUCCCGCUCAGAUUCCAUCGUCUACCUGCGUGGCAGCUCAGACACCACACACUACCUGUACUACAUGUCAACCAACAGCAGUGGUGAUGAUGCCAACUUUACAAUACUUGCUCCCAAGGUGCACGAACAUGAGUACAUGGUUCGUGAUGGCAACGGCUUCCUCUACGCCGUGAUUGGUACGCCAGAGGAGCGUAAUGGGCAGCUGGUCGUGGUCGAGCUCGGGCCCAAUGCAUUGUUGAAUGCCACUGCCGACAGCAGAGGCCGGCGGCGGCCCUCCAACAACAGCGAGGGCAGCAGCAGCAGCAGCAGCGGCAAAAGUGCCGGCGGCAGCGACGGUAGCAGCAGCGGAGAAAGCAGCAGCGAGCACACCGGGGGCAACGCUGCCAGCUCCUCUUACUGGGCUCUGUUGCAGCCGCACAGCAGGACGGUGGAGAUUGUCGAUCUCGCAGUGAGCAGCAGGUGGCUGGCUGUGCUAGAACGUAAGAACGGGACCCUAGCAGCGACGGCCUACCCUCUGCCAGCCGAUGGCAAGCCGCUGGCAGUGUUGCGCGACGGCAAGCAGUUUGCCUUUCAGGCGCCCUCCUACGCGCUUGAGUUUGGGGACCAAGGCCCCUUCUCCUCCCACCUGCUGCGUGUGCGCUACAGCAGCUUGACACAUCCUAGCAGUGUCUACGAUAUCAACAUGGAAACGGGGAACCGGGUGUUGAAGCAGCAGCAGGAGGUGGUGGGGUACGACAGCAGCCAGUACCACUCGCGGCUGCUCUGGGCGAGCAGCACAGAUGGCGCCCAAGUGCCCAUUAGCCUAGUGUACCGUGGAGAGCUGGUGCGGCUGGAUGGCAGCGACCCGCUGCUGCUGGAAGCUUAUGGAGGUUAUGGAGCCAGCUUCGACCCCGAGUUCUCAGGGUCGCAGCUCAGCCUGCUGGAUCGCGGCUUCGUUUGCGCCAUCGCCCAUGUCAGAGGUGGCGGCGAGCUGGGCCGUUACUGGUACCAGGACGGCAAGCUGAUGGCCAAGAACAAUUCUUUUAAUGACCUGGCGGCCGCAGCAGACUUCCUGAUCAAGGCCAAGUAUACCAGCGCUGACAAGAUUAGUGCGUGGGGCCGCUCUGCGGGCGGUCUCACGGUCGCCGCCACGAUCAAUCGGCGCGCUAAUCUGUUCAAGGCAAGCGCUGAGAUUGGGGCCGGCGCACCUGCCCUGCACUCGGUGAUGUUUUAUGUCUAUCCUGUCGAUGACACCAUGUCAUCAUUGAUACUAGCGAAGUGCGAUUGUUUGUGCAUGCAGGCAGCGAUUCUAGAUGUGCCGUUCGUGGAUGUCGUAACGACGAUGUCAGGCCUCAACGACCCUAGGGUCGGCUUCUGGGAGCCUGCCAAGAUGGCGGCCAAGGUGCGCGAGCUGAAGACCAGUAAUAGCCUAGUGCUGCUCGAAACCAACAUGGCAGCUGGCCAUUUUGCAAACAGCGGGCUGGAGGGCCGCCUCAAGGAGAGGGCAUUCAAGUUCGCCUUCCUGCUGCAAACCGUGGCGCCCUGUGCCACCAUGGCCAACCAGCACACAGAGCUCGGUGCACGCUGUCGCGGCUGCUUUGCCGCGCUCGUGGCGGCAGCGACAACGAUAGCACUGGUCACGCUGGUCGUGGUGUUGCGCCCUUCAUCGCGUAUCGCACGCAAGUGGCGGCGGCUGGGCGGCUGGAGCCAGGCGGGGCGCCAGCAGAUCAGCGACAACGACGAGGAUGAAGGGGAUGGCGGGGAGGGCUUCGACACGCGGCUCUACGCCGUCCACAUGAGCGACAGCCAGGCAGCAGAAGCAGCAGACGCAGAGGCAGAGCAGCAACGGCAGGCACGGCAGCGGCAGCUGGAGCAGCAGGGGCUCAGCUUGACGUCGUAUGAUGCGUUGCUUGGUUGCUUCACCAUGAGUGGACGCCUGCCCUCUGCGGAGCUGCUGGAGGAGAUCUGUGUGCGGUUCAUCCUCACGCUUCCCGCCACGGAGCUGGAGUCCUUUGAAAGGCUCUUGUUCUCCAUCGAGCAGGCCUGGUGGCACUAUGAGGAUCACGUGCGAGAGAAGCCUGAGAACACCAAGCUCAAGUCCCUGACACUGAAGGAGUUCACUGGGCUCAUCUUUGAAAAGGUUCCAGGGCUGCAACCGUUCAAGGCAAGCCUGGAAGAGAUUUAUGACGACUUUAACAAGUACAAGCGCACGGUGCCUGUCAGGGGGGCCAUUUUGCUGGACCCCGACAUGACCAAGUGCUUGCUGGUACGGGGGUACAAGAAGGACGCAGGGUGGGGCUUCCCGCGCGGAAAGCUGUCUAAGGAUGAGACGGACGCGCAAUGCGCUGCACGCGAGGUGUUGGAGGAGACGGGUCUAGACAUCACCGGCCUGCUGCAGGAGCAGGAUUACAUUGAUGCGCAGCUAGGGGACCAGGACACGCGACUGUUCAUUGUGGAGGAUGUGCCAGAGACCACACACUUUGCGCCGCACGUGCGAUAUGAGAUUGGCGCCUUUGGCUGGUACCAUAUCGACCACUUGCCCGCCAGCUACGACGAGAGCAAGCAGGUGAGCAGGAGUGGCUGGCAGACAGCGGGGGCACAGCUGCCCCGUCCACAUGCGCUGCCCACGGGCGGGCAUGCUGGCUGUGUGGCCUGCAGGCAUUUGUGA